GCAUUCCCGGAUUGACCCGAUCCACAAUUAUGAUUGCUAGUUGCAGCCAUACAUUGGAGUAAGUAAUAUAAAAUGAGAUUUGGGUUGCUCACUUUAUCUUUACUUUGAGGUCAACGCUAGUUAAUCGCCAUCUCCCUGUGAGUGGUUACUUCGAGCUGCUGUACUGAAUACUCUGUUAAAGCCUUAAAGUCAACGCUUGGUUGUGGGGGAGCUGGAAGUUCAAUAUCUUCUUCACUGCUGCGAGGUCCAGAUCGCUAUUUCUAUUAAAGGUUCUCCCUAAAGGUUAGUGGAGAAUGGCAACUAUUUAAUAUCAGAGGAGAACGAAAGGAAGAAAAAAGGAUAUAGACAAUUGUUAAAGAAGUCUAGUUCAAGUAAAGCUACAAGAACAAAUGGAGAACCAUUAAAGUUGCACACAAAGGAAGUCAGAAAUUCUAUGAGUGGCGGGUGGUGGGGAGUUAAUGCUAGGUACUGCGACCCAAAAGUUCAAGAACUCUGAUCUUCAUGUGGAUGGUUGCUUCGAGCUGCUAUACUGAUUCUAUGAAAGAAGUAAAAUAAAAUUCAGGAGGUCACUUUUUCUUUUCUUUGAAGUCAACGCUUGGUAGCUGAAAGGUCCUGAUAAUUUCCACGGUGGUGAUUUCUUAAUUAGAGCUGCAAUUCUGAUUCUAGUAAAGGUUCUCCCAAAAGAUUAGUGGAGAAUGGCAAAGAUUCAAUAUUCAAAGGAGAACAAAAGAAAGAAAAAGGAUAUAGACGAUUGUUAAAAAAGUCUAGUUCAAGCAAAGCUACAAGAGCAAAUGGAGAAACAUCAAAGUUGCAGGCAAACGAAGACAGAAUUUCAAUAAUUGGUGGGUGGGGAGAUAUGUGGGGGGCAGCAGCUUCUGGUAUGGGUUCAGCUGCAGCUUCUGCUGUGGGUACUGCAGCAGGGGAUGAGACCUACAAAUAUGCAAAAGAGAUUAUCAAUAACCUGAGUUGCAAAGUUGAUAACGAAGCUGAUUAUGAUCUAGAAUACAACUAUGAAAGGUUAAUAGAGCAAGCAAAGAAGCUGUAUGCCUGCAGGGAUGAUAUAUUGGCUCAAGCAAAGACAAAGCUGGCCACUCAAGUAUAUGAAGCCUGGAUUUCUAGGGUCACGAAGAGUGAAGAAGAGGUGCGAGAUCUAGAAACCAAGUACAAGAAAGAAAAAGGCAAAAAAAGGACAUGGAGUCGACGUUUGAUUGGGUCAAGCGAGUCACGCACAGAUCUUAGCCAAAGCAUGGCAGAGAAGUGCAAGAAACUGCAUAAUCUUUGGGUAGAGGGAAAGUCUGAGGUAGGAAUAGUGGUUGAGAAAUUGCCAGAGCGUGUGAUAAUUAUGCAUGGACCCAAAUCAGAAGACAAGAUAUUUCUUGACUCAACUGUUGAAAAAAUACUGGGCCAUCUGAGGGAUAAAAAUGUAAAAAGAUUUGGACUUUGGGGAAUGUCAGGAAUUGGGAAAACAACCAUAAUGCAGAGCUUAAAUAACAAUGAAGAUACUGCUAAAAUGUUUGAUAUUGUUAUUUGGGUAACUGUAUCAAAGGAUUGGAAUUUAGAAAAAUUGCAACAAAAAAUUGCUGAUCGGUUAAAAUUGAAUAUGGAAGGCAUCACUGACCCUAAUGAAAUUGCCCAACUAAUAUGUAGAGACUUGAAAGGCAAAAGGUGUCUACUUCUUUUGGAUGAAGUUCAGGAAGUUCUUGAGCUGCCUCUGAUAGGAAUGUGUGAAAGUGAAAAGGAUAGCAAGGUGGUAGUGGCAACUAGAAAUUAUCAUGUUUGUUGUGAUAUGGAAACUGAUUGGGAAAUUAAUGUGCAACGAUUGUCUGAAGCUGAUGCAUGGAAAAUGUUCAAGGUAAAGGCGGGUCGAAAUGUAAAUCUUCCAGGUAUUGAACCGAUAGCCAAGCUAGUUGUCAGUGAAUGUGCUGGUUUGCCGCUAUUGAUAGACAAAGUAGCAAGUAUGUUUAGAAGAAAGGAUAACUUUCACCUGUGGAGUGAUGGAUUAAGAAGUUUGCGGAGAUGGCCAAGUAUCAAAAUCCAAGGCAUCGAUGAAUUGAUUGAGUACUUGAAGUUUUGUUAUGAAGAUUUAGAUGAUGAGGUUAAAAAGGUUUGCUUUCUAUAUGGUGCAAUAUAUCCUGAAGACUGUGAGAUAUAUAUAGAUUAUCUGUUGGAAUGUUGGAGAGCUGAAGGUUUCAUUCAUGAUACAUGUGAGUUUAGAGUUGCACGUGACAAAGGGCAUUCCAUAUUGGAGGAACUUAUCAGUGUUUCUUUACUAGAGAAGAGUGCAAAGAUGAAUCAUGUAAGGAUGAACAAAGUAAUACGAAAUAUGGCCCUUAACAUUUCUUCCCGAAGUUGUAAUUUAAAGAUUUUGGUGAAACCCCGUGAAGGGUUGCAAGAGGCCCCCAAUGAGGUAGAAUGGCAACAAGCAAAUCGAAUCUCCUUGAUGGAUAAUAAAUUGUGCACUUUACCGGAAAUGCCAGAUUGCAAUGAGCUUUCAACAUUGUUAUUACAGAGAAAUCAAGACCUAAUAGUGAUUCCUGAGUCAUUCUUUGGAUGCAUGCAAAAUCUACGGGUUUUAGAUUUACAUGGCACUGGAAUUACAUCAUUACCAUCAUCAAUAUCUUGCUUGAAGUGUCUCAAAGCAUUAUAUCUGCAUUCUUGCAGCUGUUUAAUGGAACUCCGUUACUUAGAAGGACUUGAGCAUCUCGAGGUGCUUGAUAUUCGAGACACUAGCCUUAAUCAUUUUCCAAUUCAGAUUGGACGUUUGAAUCAGUUGAAGUGUUUACGUAUGUCAUUGUCGAAUUUUGGCAUUAGGCAUUCAAGUAAUGUAGAAUAUUGUCGAAAUGUCUUUUCAAGUCUUCUUUUACUAGAAGAACUACUAAUAGAUGUGGAUCCAAAUAAUCAAAGUUGGGAGGUGACUAUAAAGGCUAUUUCUGAGGGAGUGGCUAAAUUGAUGCAUUUGACUUCACUAUCAAUUUGCUUCCCUACUGUGGAUUGUCUUAAGAGUUUUAUCUCAACGAGUCAAUUGUGGAAGGAUUUCCGCUUCACAUUUCAAUUUUCUGUUGGUUAUCAUGACACGACUCAUUAUAAAAUUCUUGAUUGCUUCGAAUAUCAAAUUAGGAAAUGUUUGAAGUUUGCAAAUGGUGAAGGUGUAGAUCCAAUAAUUUCUGACGUUCUUUUAGAAACUGAUGCAUUUGAAUUGAUUGGCCACAAGGGAACUUCAAGACUAUCAGAUUUUGGAAUCGAAAGUAUCAACAAGAUGCGAGGUUGUUUGAUUGAAGGAUGCAAUGAAAUUGAAAUGAUUGUUGAUGGUAACAGAGUAAAGAGAAGUGCGUUAAUAUGCUUGGAAAAGAUGUUUAUAAAUAAUGUUCCAAACUUAAAAAGCAUUUGGGAAGGUCCUGUACAUAAUGGAAGCCUAUCACAACUAACAACUUUAACUUUAUGCAAAUGUUUGAAGUUGAAGAAGAUAUUCUCCGGUGGCAUGAUUAAACAACUCUCUCAACUUCAACAUUUGAAAGUUGAAGAUUGUCCUGAAAUUGAAGAGAUAAUUGCAGAGUCUGAAAAUAAUGGCUUGAAACCUGACGCACUUCCAAGAUUAAAGAUGCUAGAACUUUCUAAUCUUCCAAGGGUAAAAAGCAUUUGGACAAGUGACUCGUUGAAAUGGCCAUCUUUAGAGAAGAUUAAGAUCUCCAUGUGCCAGAUGUUGACAAAAUUGCCCUUCAACAGUGAGAAUGCAAUCAACUUGAGAUGUAUUGAAGCCCAUCAGACAUGGUGGAGUGCAUUGGCAUGCCAAGAUGAUGCUAUUGAACAAAGAUUAAAGUCUUUAUGGUUUCAAUCUCCUUCAUAGAGGUUCUUCUCUAUAUGAGAUGUUUGAAGUCGAAGAUAUUCUCCUAUGAUUGAAUAGCUCUUUCAACUUCAACACUUGAGACUAGAGUUGAACAAUGACUUCAAAUCAAAGAGAUACUUUUGGUUGGAAUUUGGAAAUGCAUUUGGAUUGAUGACUGAUUGAAGUGGCUAUAUUUAGAGUGUAAUACGAUAUUUAUGUGUUGACAAAUAGCCCUUCAAGAAUGAGAACGUAGUUAAUAUGAGACAUAUUGAAGGCCAUUAAUCAUGGUGUAGUUCAUUGUCAUGGCAAGAAGAUGCUAUUGAGCAGAAAUUAUGAUAUAUAUGCAUCUUCAACUGGUGCAUUUGGUUU